GGGGCAGGGUUAGUGGGGACCUGAGUCGUGCAGAAAACGGGGACAGGGGAUGCCGGACCGAACCCGGCCGGAGACGGGGCGGAGCCAGGGAGGACCCUGCAGGGGCAGAGGCGGAGGCGGGGCGGUGGGCCGGCCCCUCUGGGGUCCGCACCACCCUCCGGGUCCCGUGACGCCGGUCGCAAGGCGCGCGCGAGUCACGAGCCCCGGCCGGGCCUGCGGUAGCGGCGCACCAUGGCUUCGGAGCGGGACGUACGCGCGGGGCUGCGGCGCGCCGAGCAGGACCAUCUCCUGCGCUUCUGGGCAGAACUGGCCCCGGGGUCUCGCGCGGCUCUGCUGGGCGAGCUGGCGUCGCUGGAGCCCGACGCGCUGCGGGAGCACUGCCGGGGCGCGGCCGCCGCCUGCGCGCUCCCCCCGGGCCCGCUGCCUGACCUGGCCGCGCGCUUGCGGCCGCUGCCCCCGGAACGCGUGGGCAGCGCGAUCCGCUGCGACCCCGAGACGCGGCGGCGGUGGGAGGAGGAAGGUUUCCGACAGAUUGCCCUGAACAAGGUGGCUGUGCUGCUGCUGGCCGGUGGGCAGGGCACUCGCCUAGGCGUCACCUACCCCAAGGGCAUGUAUCAAGUGGGGUUGCCCAGCCAGAAGACCCUGUACCAACUGCAGGCAGAACGGAUUCGUCGUGUUGAAGAGCUGGCUGGCACGCGCCACGGAACCCUUUGCUCUGUGCCCUGGUAUAUCAUGACCAGUGAGUUUACGCUAGAGCCCACAGCCAAGUUCUUCAAGGAACAUAACUUCUUCCACUUGGACCCCACCAAUGUGGUGCUAUUUGAGCAGCGAAUGGUACCUGCUGUGACCUUUGAGGGCAAGGCCAUCUUGGAGCGUAAAGACAAAGUUGCCAUGGCUCCAGCGUUUCCUGUACUGAGCCCCCAUGAGCAGAUCGAUCUUUUAUCCUUUGCAGACGGCAAUGGGGGUUUGUACCGCGCGCUGGCCGAUCACCAGAUCCUAGAGGACAUGGAGCACCGGGGUGUGGAGUUUGUGCAUGUGUACUGUGUGGACAACAUCCUGGUGCGGCUGGCUGACCCAGUCUUCAUCGGAUUCUGUGUGCUACAGGGAGCAGACUGUGGUGCCAAGGUGGUGGAAAAAGCAUACCCUGAGGAGCCAGUGGGCGUGGUGUGCCAGGUGGACGGUGUCCCCCAGGUGGUGGAAUACAGCGAGAUCAGCCCUGAGAUGGCUGGGCUGCGUGGGGCCAACGGCAGCCUGCUCUACAACGCGGGCAACAUCUGCAACCACUUUUUCACCCGAGGCUUCCUUGAGAUGGUUACCAGGGAAUUUGAGCCCUUGCUGAAGCCCCACGUGGCUGUGAAGAAGGUCCCAUUCGUGGACGAGGAGGGAAAUCUGGUAAAGCCGCUAAGACCGAAUGGGAUAAAGAUGGAGAAGUUUGUGUUUGAUGUGUUCCAGUUUGCUAAGAACUUUGUUGCCUUUGAAGUACAUCGGGAGGAAGAAUUCGCACCAUUGAAGAAUGCGGACACAGCCACGAGGGACAACCCCUCUACUACUAGGAGGGCUCUGCUGGCUCAGCACUACCGCUGGGCUCUACAGGCUGGAGCACGUUUCUUGGAAAUGCAUGGAGCCCAGCUUCCUGAAUUGCCUGGCCUACCUGCAAAUGGAGACCCUCCAGCCAUCUGUGAGAUAUCACCCUUAGUGUCUUACUCUGGAGAGGGGUUGGAAGCUUACCUGCAAGGCCGAGAGCUUCAGUCCCCAUUCAUCCUGGAUGAAGAGCAAGCCAGGCUGCUGCAGCCACAGGAAAACUGACCUGCUCCCAGCCUCUUCAGUCUUGGGGUGCACUAGGGUUGGGAAGCGGCCCUGGCCAGGCUCUGUGUUAGGAAUGCAGGCCCAGAGGUGUCUCUGGCCUGUGGGGCACAGAAGGGGAUGUUCUGGUUUACUCCACAAGGGUGGGGCCCCUCCCAUCCCCCAUGGACCCAGUGACUGUGACUGACAGGUUACUUUGGCUUCAUUUCUGGCUCUGGGAUUCCGCUGAUACAGAGGGUUGGGGACCCUGGAGAAUGACACUAGAGGAGGCUCUAGGGUAGGGUGAGGGGAUUAUGCUUAUGUGUGAGGAGGGCAGCAUGGGUAAUGGUCACGCUGCCAGCAUACAGGCCAGCCGUGUGUUCGGCAGACUGAGAAGCGCAGGCUGCUGUUUGCGGGCUUUGUAGGGGUAUGGUUAAAGGGGUUCUUCUGUCCCCCAACCUUGGCAGCAGAACCAGUAACUGCAGUGAAGCUGAAGGUCUCAACCCCACAUUCAGCUGAGACCGACAGAAGAGCCUGGAUGUCCAUGGCUAAGGCUGGCUCUGAGAACUGUCUGCACACUGGAAUGAAGGCAGCCCUCCUUGCCUUCCCUGGAUCUCUGCCGAUGCCUCAGUCUCCCAACCAUGCCCACAAAUGCAGCAGCUACUGUGUUUUGAGCAUUGCCCCCAAGAACCAGACACCACUCUCCAGGUAGGUAGCAUCUGGGUGUAGUGGUGUCCAGGUAGCCUGGUUUUGAGCCAAUCAGGAACACACCCCAUCCUGGCAGGUCACUUUUCCCUGAGAUCGGAGCUUAGGGUCUCAGAUGAAGACACAGUCUCCCCGUAUCAGUGGUGCCUGGCUCUCUACCAGCCAGCCCCGUGCUGUCUCUGCCCUUGUGUUGUGCUUGGGGCACAGUAACUUGAUUCAGAGCUGUAUUUUCAUUCAGGAAGCCGGUGGCACCUCCCUCAUCACACUAACAAGAGCAGCUAGGGAAGGCAGCCUACUGCAGAGUUAAAGCAGUCCAGGCCCCAAAUCAAGGGGCUCUGUUCCUCCCUACCCAUCAGCUCUCCCAAAAGGGGUUGUUGGGAAGAAUGUGUUCCAUCCAGCAUAGCAUAGCAUCAGUGAGUCCAGACCUGGUCAAGAUGGCAGGGGCAGUGGCAGCUGCCAUUAUUGGGAUCAACAUCUGUAAGACAAACUAGGCUUUUACUGAACUCCAUGGCUGUCUUUCUACAGGCUUUAAAAGCAAAUUGUAAGCCUUAGCACCUUAGCUCCUUACAGGUAAGCCAAGGGCCUGGGUCAGGAGAGGGUCCCUGAGGAAGAUCAAAGCCUCAGGCUCCUCCUGGAUAAGCAGUUGGUUGGAUAAAUUCUCGAAAGAACUUUUUAAAAAACAACUCAGUUAUACCUUCUUGUAAAGUUAAAAGUUCAGGGAGGUCUCCAAGACCUUCCCCUAUAUCCCCAUUAGUUGCAUCUUAUGUGACUUAAUACAGUGUUCACACCCAGGAGCCACAAGCACGGCUCCAAACCUUCACAUGGAACCAUUUGUGUGCUUACCACUGCAAUCAAAAUGCACAACUAUUUCCUUUGACAUAGAGCUCUUAGGUGACCUCUCCAUGCUGCAUCCUCACCGUCUCUAGCCCCAGACUUUGCUGAAGAAACUUUUCAGGCUGGACAUGUUCAUUUUCAUGUGGUGGUCGGCGUUUCCCAGCUGUGUGACUGUUGCACCUGAAUAAAUAAUCAGCCUUACUCAUACCAUUAAGUUUUAAUAGCCAAGAGUGAACCCCAGAUUUGUUCCUUUGCCUCUCACUUCAGUCUCUCCAGCAGCAGUUGGGGAACUCUUAAGCUUGGAUCCAUCCCUAUCUGAGAAGCUUGCCCUUUGAUCCAUAGGCUACAGAAAGUGUGGAUUCUGUUUCCAGCUUUUUGAUAAGCUAAUUCAAGCACACCCACA